UCCUCUCCGAUCUCAGUCCGUCUUGCUACUUUCUCUCUACUAUGAAGGCAGUCCUCAGCAUAUGCUUCCUUUGGGGCCUCUUUUCUCAAGGGGCACUGCUGGAAUGCUACACCUGUGUGGGAGAAGAGUGCAAAACACCAAAAAUUCAGAACUGCACAGCUGAGCAAGAUGCCUGCUAUGUGGCAAUAGCUGAAGUCAUAUUAGGCAGCUCAAUUGUGCCAAGGCAACACGUUAUGGUCAAGCAAUGUGAUAAAGUCAGGACCUGCUGGGACAAACAAUUAAGCCUUUCUACAGUAAAGGGUGGGAGUUAUCGUGCGAAUAUCAAGUGCUGCUACACUGACCUGUGCAAUAACAUGAAUGUCUCUCUGCCAGAGACUGUGGAAUCUCCCCCCAAUGGGAUACAUUGCCCCUCCUGCUUUGCCUUCGAUUCCACCGUGUGCACAGAAGUGGAGAACCUCACCUGCACCGGUAAUGAGACGAAAUGUGUUCAGGGAGCUAUAAAGAUCUCUACAGAUCCUGCAGAAGAGGGAGUGCCUAUAAUAUUCCAAGGCUGUGCAACACCCACCGCAUGUCAAUUUCCAGUUCCAUUGCCAGGUAUCUCCUCUGAACAUAUGCACUUGACCGGUGAGCAACUGCAGUGCAUCAAAGGCUACGAAGACUUGACCGUGUAGAUGGGAGAGUCCAAAUCACUCCCUUCUUCAGCAUCCACCUUUCUUUGACAAGGAGGAGGAAGUUGGGAACCAAGUGAUUCGCUCACGGAAGGGGCUGCCUUGUCUGUAGCUGGAGGAGGUGCGGGACAGAAGUGGGGAGGGAGAGAAGACCUUGGGGUUUAGAGGCUGAAGCCCAUGGGCAGGAUAAAUUUCCACUGAAUCGCAAUCAAAAUGAUCCCAAUAAAUUGG